AAGUGUUCGGAAAAACGUGAAGGAAGUCUUCGCGGAGGGGUCAACAACAGGAGGAGAGAGAAAAAAAGAAGGCUUGGGUGCGGGGCAAUCCGCAAUCCUAUUCCAUUCCAAUUGUUUUUUUUUUUUUCUUAAACGUUAAACCCCCCUCUCCUUUCUCAUCCUUCUAAAAUACUCCUUUCUCAUCCUUCUAAAAUACCCCUUUCUCUUAGAACCCUAAUUGCUAGAAAAUAAAAUUGAUUGCAGAAGACAAGGACAAUAAAUGGCGGGUAUAAUAAGAUCGAGCUUCUCCUUCAUAGUUGGAACAGUAUGCGGUGUAUAUGUGGCCCAGAAUUACAACGUCCCCAACAUGAAGAAGCUCGCUGAUACUGGGAUGGCAAUGUUCAGGCAUCUCGAGCAAACUUAUCGCAAGCCCAAGAAGCCUGGGGACGAUCAGUAACCGUUCAUUGUUUCUUAUUUUUUUGUUCAAUUUUGGGAUUCCUAACUGUCUUGAGAUUCUGAAAAUACUCAACUUCUGGGCGCAAUUUGAUUGGAAUUAGUUUUAGAUCACUUCCAGAUUGUGAGGGUCAUGGAUUAUGUAUAUUGUUUAAUUGGAUUUUACACCGAAAAUAAGUUUACUUGAUUCUCUCUA